AUGUCUUCAUCAGGUGACUCCGCGGAUGCGAUCCGGAACCAUUCCAUUGCUUUUAUCGGAGAGUUUGUCGGGAGCUUCAUGUUCCUUUUCAUGGCUUUUGCUGGCACACAGGUCGCCAAUGAGAAAGCCGGCCCUGGAGUGGAAAGUUUACUCUAUAUCGCGGCCGCUUUUGGCGCUUCUGUGACUGUAAAUGCGUGGAUUUUCUUUCGUGUCAGUGGUUCGGCUUUUAAUCCCGUUGCUUCCCUCUCCCUAUGGCUUCUUGGUGCCAUUCCCCUUGUCAGGGCCGUUGUGGCAAGCCUCGCUCAUAUGGUCGCUGGAGUUGCUGCCUCCGCGGUCGUGGCGGUUCUCUUCCCCGGUCCUUUGACCGUUCAAGCUCGACUGGGCCCAGAUACAAGUGUCGUGCAAGGCCUCUUCGUCGAAGCCUUUUUGACUGCUCAGUUGAUGCUUGCAGUCCUCAUGUUAGCGCUUGAGAAACAAAGAGCAACGCGCCCGGUAUAG